GUGUAUGAUAUGAGCGCAUAAUACACGUGCACUACGCAACAGGUAUUAAGCGGCCUUCGGUCUGGAAACUUCCUAUUCAAUACGGCCAAAAAAGAAACCAUUAUUACGCACACGUAUCUGUAUACCAUGCCUACAGUGCGGGACUUUUGUGACUGCAUGUACGUGCUAUUUAUAAAUCCAGUGAUGGUGGCAACUAUGUUUUUUGAAAGAUGACAACAUCCACACACUAAACGGCAACGAGACUGCAUGAUUAUGCAGAUAAACAGGCCAAGCUGGUCGGCGAUGGAUAGAUGUGGAUAAUUCUUUUUGAGAAAUUAUGCAAAGUACCGUGAUACUGAGCUAUAUCAGCCUGGACUUCAUGCAUUGGAAGCAUGAGCAAUGACUGGCCUGGACCAACCACAACCAUGAACUCCAGUGAUGAAUAUUCAUAUCGUGAGACCAGCCUCCCGAUUGAUCCAUAUGAAUUUCGUGAGACCAGCUCUCCACAUGAUGAAUAUGCAUAUCGUGAGACCAGCCCUCCAAGCGACAGAUAUGCAUAUCGUAGGAGCCGCCUCCCGACGAAGGAGAGCAUGUUCCUGCCCUUACUUGGGGAUUCCCCGGAAGAUUCGUCAGAUGGAGCCGACAGGGCCCAGAGGGCACCCACCUUGAGCCCCGUGCUGCUCUCCCCUGGCAGCACCACCCAGAAGCUCAUCGCAGCUGGGAAGAUCAAGAAUUGCAUCAUCCUUCUACAGAAGACAAGUUUAGACCACAGCUCCUUUAGACAUCUCACAGAUGAAGCGACAGAGACGACCACGCUGCCUCAUGAGACUGAACCGAGCAAAGAUCUCCCUGCGGACAGCGCAGAAGAGUCAGGAGCAGAAGUUACCAGUUCUCCAAACUGUGAGCAAGACAACGAAUUUGAUUCUGAAGCAUUGGAUUGUGCUAAAGAUCGGUGUGCAUCAAACAGAAAUAUCUUUACUAGUUUCCUAAGUGAGUGGUCUGAUGUCAAAAUAGGAGACAGCACGACUGUUGAGGAUCGUUCUGAUGCAGAGAGCACAUCAAGUACAAUAAUUGAUGAUUAUACGGAAGAUACAAAUGGAAUAUCCAGUAGCAAAGAAAUAUGUCCAUCGGUAAGCAGUUCCAACACAAUCGAUCCAAUCACUGACAGUCAGUCAAUAAACGGAGAUGACGAAGUCGAUCAGAUGAUGGAUAGUCGAUCAGUAAACGGUGAUAAUACAAGCUAUCAGAUAACCGAUUAUCAGUCAGAAAUCGGUGCCAAUACGAUCUGUCAAAUCGUUGAUUGUCGAUCAAUAAGCACGGACAACAUCGUCGAUCAGACGACUGAUUGUUGUUCUGUGAAAAGUGACACUGAAAUAAAUUACGUCGUAAAUUAUGGUACAAUAGAUCAAAACACUGAUUGUCGAUCAGUGAAUGAUGAUAUUGCAACAAACCAUAUCCCUGAAUGUCAUACAGAGUUGAGUACCACAACAUACAAUGAUAACAACUGUCGAUCAAGAGAUACUGACCCUGCGGAAGAUCGGACAGACAGCACCGUAAGCACAGUUGAUCAAAUCACCGACUGUCAAUCAUUCACCAAUACCGACGUGAUCGACGAGUCUCCCGUACCAGACAUUUUCAAACGACGGUCGUCUUGGAAUGACGAUCUGAUGAGUAUUUCAUCCACCGGCUCGAGCGAAACCAUUAGAUAUCCCCUAUCUCCUGGGGAGAAUUCCCAAGAAAGAUUUGAAAUUUCCGAAGACGACCAGUGCUGUGUUGAGCCUGAAAUUCCCAAAGAUGCCGAGAUAGCAGAUAGAGUCUGUGACGAGCCUCCUUGUUUGGAGAGGCUGGAAUCUUUACCAACGCCCGGCACCUGCCUUGAUCUCCCGCCGCUGUUAAGCCCGCCAAUGCUGACAAACGUCAAUGAUGACAUUCAUUCCGAGAUGGGGAACCGUUCUGCCAGUCUCUAUUUCAGAGCAUCCCGAAUGGCGUCACCCAAAGGGCCGCCAAGUGGCCACACCAGGCAGGAGUUGAAGCUCAGCAUGGAAACAGCGGAACCACCCGUAAUUUGUCCUGUAGGUAUGACUGAAAUCACUUCCCACUUGAACCAAAAACAAUUAGAACCCAUUAAACCCGAUGAGCACAUGUCUCCUGUUUCGAUUGAGGUAUUCUCAUCUAAUUCAACGGAGUGUAGCAAGACGCACUCCGAAAGAACUGAAUCUUGUAGCGAUUUGAAAGAUCCCAAUCCAUCAAAAAACAUUCACAAUGAGUUGAGAGGUAUUUCAUUCGAUGCAUAUGUGUCAUUUCCUUCACCACCCACCGAGACAGCGACUGAUGGUCAAGGAAGUUUUCAAGAGACGUUUCCAAAUCUGAUGGAUUCGAGGCAAGCCCAGAAAGACAAAAGCGAAGAAGAAACGCCAGUCUCUCAAGAGGACCAGUACCAAGAGGUUGAAUAUCAAGAGAUGUGCUUUCAUGGUGUCAACAGAAGUGACGCCUGUGUCAACAAAGACGGGAUCGAUAUUCCUCGACAUGGCUCGGCUGCAGACCUUCAAAUAACCGAGGUUGUCUCACUGGGAGAAUGUACACCAGCAAUGGGACAUGAAUUGCCAAACAAUCUAGGGGAAAAAACAGACUUUACACCAGAUAUGAUGCCUUGUACUGGUGUGGUUGGACAAAAAACAGACAGCACGGCGUCUUCUGUGGAUCAAGGUUCCUCUGUCCACGAAUGUUCCAUUUGGGCUGAUGACUCGUUGGAUUCUGAAAGUGAAGCAUCUACAGACACGGCUACUUCAAUACACCCUUUCUUGUCUGACUCUGAAACUGAGAGGGCUGUUGCGUCAAUCUCAGACAACCAGCAGCCGGAUUUCCACAGAGAACAGGAAAACAUCUUCGACGGUGGCAUCCAAGUGGCUGAAGUUGUGAUCGAUCCCCAAGAUGAAAAUUCCAGUCCCUCUACCGACGGAGUUGGAAUUAUGUUCUCUCUGGAUAAGACGAUGGAAGAACGGGACAGCGAGAGUCAUAACUCUGAUGGAAUCCCGAGCGACACUCUGGAGAAUGACCAGGUUGAUAUUUGUCCAACUUCUGGCAAUGUAAUACAGACUUCGCAAGGUAUCCAGAGUAUCCAAGCUUCUCAAUCCUAUCCAGUUGCCGAAUCAGUACAUGAGAAACAGAGGGAAAGUCCUCCCGAGUUAUCACUUAAACCGGUCGCGGAGCAGAUAUUCCAAGAACAGAUAUGUCCCGCGGGUGAAGAGAAUUCGACCGAAGAAAAGGGAAAAGAAUCUCAACCAGUGGAAUCAGAUGGACACACACAGAGGCCACCAAGUCGGUAUCAGGCAGAAAACGUGCGUGAAAGGUCCGAAAUGUUCGUCCCAAUACAAACAAUGCAAACGGCUGAAAUUCAAGUCAAGGAUAUUUCACAUACUUCUCAAAUACCUCAAGGUCCAGUUUUGACGAGUGAUAUAUUAUCUCGGCAUGCUAACCAAGAAUUGCUGCCAAGAGGAAAUAUUCUCAAUAAUAAUCAGAGUGUAAGCAGCUCCCAUACUGACCGUUGCCAAGAGAUUACGGUAUAUCGGGAUGCCAGCAGCGUCAGAAUCAACUCAACUGAAGUCAACCCAACAAGUCAAUUGCAGACCUCGGCCCCUUUGAACAGAAAUCAGAGUCGUUCUAGUGAUGAAGUGAACGGCACGGGCAGGCUUACUAACAACCCUCCCUUUCUUCCCUCCGCGUCGCUUGAGAUGGACACUGCCAUUUCUCUGGCAUUAAUGUCCGAGAUGGCUUCAUCAGCUGGAGUCAAGGAGCCGAGAACUAAUCAAGUUACUGAUAAGGAUAAAGCACCAUCUUCUUCGGCAUCAUCUGUCCGUUAUAACAAAUCGGUAGACACAAGGACCCGCCACCUGUCUGCUCCUCGAGUGUCAGGCAGCAUUCACCGUGAGGAGACUCCAGACGUUGCCACACCACAGAGACCAAACUCUGUGCACGGUGCCUCAAAUCAUGGCAUUGGACGUUCCACAGAAAUCCCUCCCGGGAAUCAAAAGACAUCAUCUAUGACCGCCAAAGGGCGUAAAGAUGUUGGAUACGGAGCUGGGUUCACAAUUGUGGAUUCAUCCGGCCCGAUACCACUUGCACCAGACAACGGCCUGUUUGAUGAAUUGAAGCGGCGAUUGAUGCAGGAUCGCGGUGUUAAUCUGAACCCAGGACAGCCAGCAAACAUACUCCAACCCACAGCCUGUCAGAACCUGCCCGACUCGGCGAUUGCCUACCAAUCCAAGAACCGUCCGUACGAAGGGUGGAGCGGGAUUCCAGUUGAGUUUCCAGAUGGUAAACGUUUCAUUGCCUACAAUAGGGAAGCGUUUCAUAUCCUCCCACUGAAUCAGCUUGGAAAAGGAGCAAUCGGGUUGAUUGGAACCCCUGAUCAGUUCCCUACAGUGUCAAGCAACAAUCCAUCUCAGUUUGGUGGUGCUGUACAAAUCAUUUCGUCCCAGGUACCACACACGAUACCACAAAAUAUCCAACUGCAGAUGCCCAAUACAGUUCCAAACCCGUCCCAGGUACCACACACGAUAACACAAAAUAUCCAACUGCAGAUGCCCAAUACAGUUCCAAACCCUAACUCAUAUCAGCUGCAGAUGGGAUCAAAUAUCAUGCAUUCAAAUCCUUCAUUCCCGGUCGCUCAACAAAUAGUUCAAACCUUCCGACCUCCUCCUUCCACUCCAAGUGCCGAAUCUGGACUACGCAAUGACUAUCAACAACAGUUGCCUCCUGUUGAUGUUCACAAAUCUCUCAGUUUCUUUAGCUCAAAAGCACAGCAAAUGUCUACCGACCAUGUACAGUGUCCACCAGACCAGAUUUCCAUUAACAGGAUGAGUCACGACUUUGGACGUUACCAAUCUUCUGUCAGCUUCCAAGAAGCUUGUGAAGGUAGAACAGCCCCUCCUAGGCAAUCCGUACCCAUUCCAGUUCAGGGUGUAGCUCAAGCAGCUAUUGCAGUGACAUCAGAGAGAGGUGAGAGAUACACAACAGAAGAGCAAUCCAUAGGAAGUGAACACCCUACGCUCCCAACAAGCAUGACUAGUUCUACUCAACCUCGGAAUCGUCCGGACACUGCCACUCAGGUGAGACGUGAUAGCCGGGAGAGCUUUCGUACCAAUCAGCAGGUACAUGGAGCAAGCAUGCAUGCCUCAGAAUGCACUAAGGAUUGUGUCGAAGCUCAGCAGCGCUUAUUCGGGAAGGCUAGGGGGUCCGUAGCUGCCGCUAAACCUCAAAAGGGAGGGAAUUCCGGCCAUGGGGUAUCCGGGAUUAACUCUACAGUUUUCGAGCAGAAUGGGAGUAGAUGUCAGGAGAACAUUCCUGUAGAGCAUCCGCGCUCACAAGCUACUGGAACCCCAACAAAUACCUCACAAAGUGUGGGACCGGGAGCCAGUGCUUCCUCUGUGCAUCAUCUCCCAAGAGACGGAAAUGUUAGUGACCGCAACAUAGGUAUCUGUGCACCUGUAACAACGGAAUCCGUGGAUUCUGGAGGCCUUCCUGGUAGGCCUAUGUCGGCGUCUUCGUACAUGUGCGAUCUUGCAGAAAUAAGCAGGAGACAUACAAUGAAUCAAAACAUGCAUGGCAACCAAAAAUUACCACUUCAGUUGCAGAGGGACAAAGUACCUGCCGAAGGACACGAACAAGUCACAAACAGAUCAAUGGCAAAUGCCACCAAUCAUGCAUCACAGGAACAUCCGAGUGGAGCCAUCAACACGGGUGCCAACCAGAGACCUGAUAACCAGGAUCAGGUUGCACAGGCUGAAAACAACGACCGCGCUUUAGUGACAACUAUUCCCGAUUUGUACUGGCAAGAAAGUGCCUUUCUGAAGUUUCUACCAAUCGAUCUGGCCAAUUACCUCAUUAAGCAGCGUGAACAAGGGAUACCCAUUGCCGAAGCAGCUCAAGCACUGCUUGCAGAGAGAGGUGAGACAACAGCAAGACAGCAAAAGAGAGUUUGGCGGUCUACGAUCCACUACAAAUCAUCAGAUGCUUCGCCACACAGUGGUGUCUCCAGCAGUAGUGUUUCUGAGGCAUCUACUCACCCAACGCCCUUGCCGUACAACAACCAUCAGAGAGCCAACAAAGCACAUCCCUCUGUAUCGAGAGACAUUUUACAGCAGUACAGUCACAAUACCAGUGUUGACAAUUCUAUCAAUCCUGAGGCUCAGCAACAGCUCACAAAAAAAUCUCAAGGUUUGCAAAUAAUUCCAGGAAUGACCAGAAACUUCUACAAUCCGCCGCCCUCUGUGACUCCUUUACUGGAAGCUGAUGUUGUUGCGGAAAGUAAAUCAGUGGAAGCAGGGAGUAUUCAGGCGCAGACAGAUAUUCUUAACAGUCCAGAAGACAGUGAUUCAGCUCUGGAUCUAAGGACUCGGACUUUAGGAGGCGAUGUGGUAGUCUUUGACGAAGACCACCCGUUGAUAUCUCAGUUCUCUUUGUCCAACACCAACCUCUACCACAGAGCCUACACCGCAGGGGAGCCAGGCCCCAUCCGGGCAUCUAGUCUUAUCAACCUCUCGUCAGCCGCGAUGGUAGGAGCUCCGAUUAUGGAAAAAAGUUUAAGCCCUACUCAGUUGCUGAUCAGGAACAAACUGCUUGAAAGGAGGUUACGAAUCCAGAGCAGGUCGAUAUCAACUCCGGACAUCCUUCAGGGUUACUCGUACCCUCCCACGAGUGGAACGACAGUUGGCGAAUCAAGUAUUCAACCAAGAAACGUUUCAUCUCCCCAAAACACUUCAUCGCCCCCUUAUCAUGUAAGCGAUAAUCAAAGCCGUGAAGUUGGACGUACGCCCAAUGUUGCCUCUUCACAUACCGAUGUUCAGUGUGUUGGCAGUGUCAACAGAGCUAUCCAGAGGGAAAUCCAAGGCGAAGUCGUUGCGCAAAACUUGACAAUCGCCGACAACCGCGAACCUGUUUCACAGUUGAGUACAUCAGCACACUACCCAAAGAUGAAGGCUAGCCUUCAGAACAGGUGGGUGACGGAGACCGUCCACCCCACACCAGUGCCGGGCAGUGAUCGACAAGAGAAUGCACCUGCUGUGGACCAGAAUGCUCAUCAAGUACAGACGGCCCAAGACAAUGUCCACACUUCUGCCCCCACCUUAUCUGCAACUGCCAUCGCUGUUGAUCAACCAGCUCAUUCCAUAGUAGGGAGCUCUUCAGAUCAUGCUGCCAUGCAACCAUCCACUUUACCAGUUGAGGUGGCCCCAAGCGCAUCCACACAAGUAGCUUAUGUGAAUCUGAAUAUGACGGGGCUAACUAGGACAUCUCAACCCCCAAGAAAGCGCAAAGCUGCGGAGGUAUCCCCUGAUCGGGCAACUUGCCCAUUUUGCUCAUUUGAAGCUGUGAACAGCUGGGGUCUGCGCACGCACGUCAACCGGAUACACUUCGAGAAAUACUCUAAGCCUGCGCGUGGAAAUGCAAAACCAAAAAGAGGCGGCGCAAAGGUAGCAUCAAGAGUCCCCCGUGGCAAGACUGCCACACAGAGAAGUCCCAAAAUAUCGGCAUCUAAUGUACAGACAAAUCUCAACGGACAACCAAUAACUGCACCUAUUCAGUCGGUUCCUCAGACAGACGGAUCGGUCCCUCGUACUUCAGGUUAUAAUGAUGUUCAAGGUCGCACCCCACAAAUCGUUUCUGGUCUGACUACAACAGCUAGCAUUAAUACUACCCCGGCAUCUUCAUCAGCGUCUCUCCAGCCAAUGCCCACACCAGCAUAUGUUCCCUACACUGACCAUCGUCAGACCGAUACAUUACACACAACCGAAGCCACGUCCCUAGUCACUCAUGCGGUGACCAACAGUAGUCACACCGUCGAACCGAACACAGCCCAGCAAGCGGACGAGCAGCUUCACUGCCGAUAUUGCAGCCUACCCUUCAAGACUUCCCAGGACCUGCUCAUCCACCUCAAAUUCCAGCACGCCAACACCAAGGGUCUAUACAUGUGCUUCAACUGUGGCUACUCGACCAAAUCCAACUCCACACUCAUGAAGCAUAUUCUGAAGUGGCACGGACGGGCCAAAGGAGACGACAAGACGUUCAAGUGCACGCAGUUGAAGUGCAAGGAGUCUUUCUCGACAGAGGAUGAACUACAGCGCCACUACAGUUCACACGAGGCUCAGCGAACGUACGUCUGUGAAUUAUGUAACGCCAAGUACAAACACAUCACUGGACUGAGGUACCAUCAGUCGCGCCACACUAUAAACUACCCUCACAAAUGCCAGCAGUGCGGUCUCAAAUUCAAGUCCACGGGUAUGCUGCAGCGACACGAGUUCCAGAAGAAGCACUUUUCGUCCUGAGUGAGAGCCAGGUCUCAUGCAUGUUUUUGAAAUCUCUGCCGGGUUUUUUGUAAGUGUUCGGGAACACAAUGUUGUCACGUUGGGGGUCUUGGACACAACACCUUGGGGAUAAUUGAGAACUUCGAUUCAUCUGAUGAUAUUGAUGUUUCUUUUAAUUGAUGUUGCGCGUUUGUGAUUUGGUGGUUGCAGUGACGUAGCGACGGGGUGGAGAGGGGAUUGGGCUGGGUGGGGUGGGGAGGGGUCGGGAUGGCGUUCGGCGGGGUGGGGUUUGGUAUGGUGUGGUUGGAUGACUGGGUGGGGUGGGGAGGGGUCGGGAUGGCGUUCGGCGGGGUGGGGUUUGGUAUGGUGUGGUUGGAUGACUGCUUGACUGAUGGAGCUGAGGUGGAUAUGAAAGUCCACAUACUACAAAAAAGUGGUGUAAGUAAAUAUUUUAUCCCUAAUGGUCGAUGGGAAAUCACAAGCGGAACAACAUUGGUCACUGAUAAAUUAUGAAUGGGUGAUGGCGAAAAGACUGGGCCACGUUUCUGUGCCAAAAAAACCCCUAAAAUCAAAUUCGACAACUCCAUGUUGGGGGUGUUCUGGGAUGGCAUAUUCAAUAAGUAUGUGGACUAGGGUAUAAAGACAAUGAGCGUGCGACUAGACAUUGAAAGAAAAAGAAUGCAUUGAAAUGAGAAUACACGGGUGAAACACAUUUGAAUCAAGUCUAAAAUUAAAAGUUUGCCCCCACCGUGGUCUUCAACAAUACAAAUAUCGUUUUCAUUUUCUCCAAACGAAGUUUCAGUUUGUAUGUUUGUAUUUUUACCAAAAAACCCCCUUUGUUUUUAAAUUUCUUCAUUUGUUGUCUCACUAAAGAGGGAAUAAUCAUGGGUAUAACUAGAAAAUAGCUAUUUAAAAAAAAAAGAAAUCGGGGUGAAACUCGACACGGCACGGGGAGAACAACUCAAAAGAAAUUUUGUGGGAAACUGGACAACUCAAACACAAAACCUAAAGGUACAUGUACUGACGACUAGUGUCGGUUUAAAGUUGUCUCUAAAGUACAUACAGAAUCCAUGCGAUCAGGUAGGGAGUUACACCUCGUGAUGGAGCAGGCGGGAAUCGAACCCAGGCCACCAAAUGUGGGAGGCGAGAAGAUCGUCUCGGCGCAAACGUGACAAUGUUGGAAGGUAGACGGAACAGAAAGGAAAGGGUUAUCUGGUGUAAGAGGAUCGUCUUGAAGCCUGUGAAACUACAUCCUAUUAUAUAUGAAAGCCGACGGAAAAUUUCAUGUUUGUUAUUCUAUAUAAAAAGAGAAAGAGAGACAGACUGUUACGAAAACCCAAUUGCAAAUAAAUUUUGGAAGAGGCUAAGUAGCAAUACAAAAUAUGCUUUACUUGCAACAUAAAUCAAGUUUAAUUUCAAAGAAUACUAAAAGCUACUUAAUAAGACACGAGUUAGUUUUGUGCCGGAGCAGACAAUUGCUAACAACGAAUUGUAUAUACAUUUCAUGCGCUAAAGAUGUCAUUAUGUUAAUACUGUUGGGCCUGAUGAAAGUAAAACCAAUCCACAUUUGGGGGGGGGGGGGGCUGAUAAUGUACGAAAAGUUUCUCCAAGGCAAAUCGAACAAAAUGAAGACAUAAAUAUUCAGUACCUUUCAAGACGAUUUAGAACUCAUUAUUGAUUUAUAUAAAUCCGAUUUACACUGUUAUUUUGUAUAUUUUGUACGAAAUGUUGCGAGCUUGGUUCAUAUUACGGUUAAAUGUUUUGUAGCUGGACAAUAAUUUUAAAUUAAUAUUCUAUAUUUGCUACGCAUCAUUUGAAUACGAAGUUGAGAUGAUGUACAUAUGAUUCAUUUUGUAUUUUGUAUUCAAUAUCGCUGGUUUUUCCACACUGUAUAUAAAUGGGGAAAUACGUUUUUAAAUACUUUUGUACAUACAAGCUUGAAAUGAAAUUUGAUGUUUAGUACGUUUGAAUAAUGAACUGUAAAAAAAGAAGGAUGCAUUUAGGCCUAAUGUAAUUUAAACAACGCGCUUUGUAUAUAAUGAAAGAAGGCAUUGCUUUUCAAAUCUCUUUGCAAGUAAUCGUAUAUUAUAAUGUAUAUAAAUCAACAUGCAAAUCUGAAACCAUUAGUCUUAAUUGCCAAUUUACAAAAGCUAUGCCUCGUAUAAAGGAUGAAGCCACUCUGCUGAAAUUUUGCCCCUUGAAAUUGCCGCUUCAUAGCAAAUUUGGUUAACAUCUUUUAUUUUUUACUUAAUCGUUUUGUUAGGAAAAAAACCGUUUCGGGAAGUCACAAAGAAAUCUGGAGUUUCAAGGAAUCAAUAGUCAUUAAUAUUACAAUUAUUUGAAAGUUGGGAUACUAGAAUUCAUUUUUGUCGUAGAAACGAGGGACGGAAAUCGGGUGGCAGUGAUGUUUAUAAGCUACCGCAAGUAACUUUCUGGACGGGUUUUGUAUAAGAGUUGACCUAUAGCGUAGACUUUGUUAUUUGUAUGAUUUUGCUUGAAAUAUGUUAUGUGUAACCAUGAAAUCUGUAAUCUUUUAAAUUGUCUCUAACAAUGUGUGUCCAGAUAAUGCUGUUUGCUGAUUCCAGUGGCGUGUGUACAUUAUAAAUGUGCUUUACUUUUAUCAAGA